AUGCUAGCGCAAACGAAGCGCAUGCAAGAGCAAGAGAAGCUGCUGUCCGCGGCGCGGCAAGAAGUGCAAAUCGCAGAGAUGGAGAAGACUCGGCUUCAGGCGCGCCAAUCAGAACAAGUUGCCACGCUGGAGACGAAGAACCGCGAUCUGGAGCUGCAGAACCACGAGCUGGAAAGCGAUCUGAUUCAAUCUCGGCAAACGCGCUGCGACCUGGAGCUGAAGAUUGAAGAGCUGCGCGGCGCGGUUGGCGACCUAGAAAGCGCGUUGAGCGUCAAGGGCCACCUCGAAUUGGAGCUCAAGCGCUACAGAGAAGAGGCGGCGCUGCUCGCAGCGAAGCUGAGGACGCAGGAGCAGGAAAACAAGCUGCUGAAAGCCGACGCUGUGGCGCAAAGCAACGAGAACAGCCGUCUUCGUUCGGGUAAAUUGGCUCGUCGACGCCAAUGA